ACCUCCUGACUCUGGGAAGGAUCACAGCUCCUCCAGCAUUCAGAUCUGAGCUGCCUCUGUGUCCUCCUUACUCCAGUUGGUGCCAUCUACCAGAACCAUGAGGAUAGCAGUGAUUGGCCAGAGUCUGUUCGGGAAAGAGGUCUACAAGGAGCUUGUAAAGGAAGGGCAUCAAGUAGUAGGAAUCUUCACCAUCCCAGAUAAAGAUGGCAAAGCUGAUCCGCUCGGAGAUGAAGCAGAGAAAGACGGAGUGCCCGUGUUUAAGUUUCCCCGAUGGAGGGUGAAGGGUCAGGCCAUCCCAGAAGUGGUGGAAAAGUACAAAGCGCUGGAGGCAGAACUGAACGUCCUUCCCUUCUGCUCCCAGUUCAUUCCAAUGGAAGUGAUCGAUGCCCCAAAGCACGGUUCCAUUAUCUAUCAUCCCUCCAUCCUGCCCAGACACAGGGGGGCGUCAUCCAUUAACUGGACACUGAUGCAGGGAGAUAAGAUUGGGGGCUUUACAAUAUUCUGGGCCGACGACGGUCUAGACACGGGAGACAUCCUGCUGCAGAGAGAGUGUGAAGUUCUUCCAGAAGACACAGUAAACUCCAUAUACAACAGGUUCCUCUUCCCCGAGGGGGUCAAAGGCAUGGUAGAAGCCGUAAGGUUGAUAGCAAAGGGAAAUGCCCCGAGGAUCCCUCAGCCAGCAGAGGGCGCCACUUAUGACCCCAUACAGAAGAAGGAAAUUGCCAAGAUCAAUUGGGAUCAGCCGGCAGAAGCAAUCCAUAACUUUAUCCGAGGGAAUGACAAAGUGCCCGGAGCCUGGACUGAAGUCAAUGGAACUAAACUGACGUUUUUUGGCUCGUCGUUCACCAGUAACGGGCCGAAUCCCGAUGGGCAGCCUCUUGAGAUUCCGGGGGCGUCUAAACCGGGUGUGGUGACCAAGAACGGGCUGGUGCUCUUUGGGAAUGAUGGAAAAUGGCUCACAGUGAAAAACAUCAAAUUCGAGGAUGGAAAGAUGAUUCCGGCUUCACAGUAUUUUAAAUCUUCUGACAGCAGCACCGUGACGCUCAGCGAUGAGGAAAAAGCCAUCGCCAAUGAGAUCCGGGCUGCGUGGAAACGGAUCCUGACCAAUAUCACUGAAAUAGAAGACUCUACUGAUUUCUUCAAGGCCGGUGCAGCCUCCAUGGAUGUAGUAAGGUUGGUGGAAGAGGUGAAGCUGAAGUGUAACGGGCUGCAGCUACAGAACGAGGAUGUCUACAUGGCCACAAAGUUCGAGGAAUUCAUUCAGAUGCUCGUGAGACGGCUCAGAGGGGAGGGCGCAGAAGAAGAGCAAGUCAUAGAUUAUGUGGAGAAGGACGUCAACAAUAUGAAGAUCAGAAUGCCUCAUCAGCUGUUCAUCAACGGCCAAUUUGUGGAUGCCGAGGGAGGGAAAACCUAUGACACCAUUAACCCCACCGACGGCAGUGCCAUCUGCAAAGUGUCACUGGCCCAGUUGUCCGACAUUGAUAAAGCUGUGUCUUCAGCCAAGGAAGCCUUUGAGAAGGGAGAAUGGGGCAAAAUGAACCCAAGGGACCGAGGUCACCUGAUCUACAGGCUGGCUGACCUUAUGGAGGAACACCAGGAAGAGCUGGCCACUAUUGAAUCCAUUGACUCAGGCGCGGUGUACACGUUAGCUUUAAAGACCCACGUUGGGAUGUCCAUCCAAACUUUCCGCUACUUUGCUGGCUGGUGCGAUAAAAUUCAGGGGUCCACCAUCCCCAUAAACCAAGCACGUCCGAACCGGAACCUGACAUUCACCAGGAGAGAGCCAAUCGGCGUGUGUGGCAUUAUCAUCCCAUGGAACUACCCUCUAAUGAUGUUGGCCUGGAAGGCAGCCGCCUGCCUCGCUGCCGGUAACACCGUGGUCCUGAAGCCCGCCCAGGUGAGACUGCCAGUGUAGUAAGGA